AUAAAUCAGGAGCAAUCUUCCUGAGUAGGAACCCCCACCUCUCGGAUCCCUUUUGCCAUGGCACAAACUGUGGUGCUCAUCACCGGCUGUUCCUCUGGCAUCGGCAUGCACCUGGCCCUGCGUCUGGCGUCCGAUCCAUCCAAAAGCUUCAAAGUAUAUGCCACCAUGAGGGACCUGGGGGCACAGGGGCCGCUGUGGGAGGCCGCCCGGUCCAGAGGAUGCCCACCUGGCUCUCUGGAGACGUUGCAGCUGGACGUGAGGGAGGCAGAUUCCUUGGCUGCGGCCCAGGCCCAGGUGACUGAAGGCCAUGUGGAUGUUCUGGUGUGUAACGCGGCCCAGGCCCUGCUGGGGCCAUUGGAGGGGCAGGCUGCCAGCGAAGUGGCCUCUAUGUUGGACGUGAACUUGGCCGGGACGAUACGGGUGCUGCAGGCCUUCUUGCCAGACAUGAAGCGCCGCCACUCAGGACACAUUUUCGUGACUGGGAGCAUAGGAGGCCUAAUGGGCCUGCCCUUCUUCGAUGUUUACUCUGCCACUAAGUUCGCCCUGGAAGGUUUAUGUGAGAGCUUGGCGCUGCAGCUGCUGCCCUUUGGGAUCCACGUGAGCCUCAUCGAGUGCGGCCCGGUGCGCACCCGGUUGAUGGAGAAGGUCGGGGAGACCACCGUCCAGGCGCUGGAACGCGUGGAUGCCAAGACCCGCGAGCUCCACUCCAGCUUCAUGCGCAACUCGGAGAGCGUCUUGCUCUCGGAGUUGCAGGAGCCAGACGAGGUGGCGGAGGUCUUUGUGAAGGCGCUGCGCGACCCGCACCCGGCCCUGCGCUACUUCUGCACCAACACUGAGUCCUUCCUGCCGCUGAUUCGCCUGCGGCUGGACGACCCCAGCGGCCGCAGCUUCUUGGCCACCGCGCACCGACUCCUCUUACAGGAGCAAGACGAGCCCGACGGCUCGGAGGCCCCCGUCGCCCCGCAAUAAACGCUU